AGAAACACAUGCAACACUCUUUUCUCAACACUUGGAAAAUGAAACUAACACCCGUUACUACACGUGUAAUUUAGAACCAUUCCCUCGCUCCACCACAUUCUAAAUUUAAAGUGCCUAAUUUCUUUUCCUUCUAAUCUUCUAUAUUAUUCUUCAAGGAUCUUCAACUUCAAUUUACAUGUAUUCCAAAACUAUUCUUAUAUGUUCACAACUUUGUAUCCAAUAAAAAUAAGGAUUACUACUUUGAAUUAAUCAAUCAUCAUAGUUGUUGGUAUUUGAUUAUCUGGCGUACCAUACGUGAUUAGCUAAUGAUGGCACGACGACGCUCCGGGAUGAAGUUGAUGUCGUUGGUGGUUGUGGUGGCUGUAGUGGUGUCGUGCAACGUCUCCGUGUCGUACGCACACGAAGCCACCGAGGAGGAGAUCAAAGAGGGUGGUGAAUCGUGGACGGGUUGGGCUAAGGAGAAGAUCCAAGAGGGGCUUGGAUUGAAGCAACAAAAUGUUGGUGAUGCAGCAAACGUAGCCAAAGAGAAGACAUAUGAAAAGGCAAAUGAAGCCUCUGACAAAGCAAACGAAAAGGCACGACAAGCUGAAGAUAAAACAUCCGAAGCUACUAGAGAUGCCGCAAACAAGGCUGCAUCGUCGAAAGAUGCAGCCACUGAGCAGGCCGAAGUAGUGAAGGACAAGGCUCAGCAAUACGUCAACGAGGCCUCUAACAAGGCCUCGAACGUCAAAGAUCAGGUUCAGCAACAAUCGGAAACAGUAGGCCGUAAAGCUCAAGAGGCUAAGGAGACAAUGGGCCAGGAGGUUGAUAAGGCAAAGGAGGCAACGGCUCGAAAGGCUCAAGAUGCCAAGGAAAAGGCCCAAGAUGCGAAGGAAGCCGCGGAGGAGCAUUCGAGUUGGAUGAAGGAGAAGGCCAAGGAAGGGUAUGAUGCUGCAAAGAAGAAGGCUGGUGAUACUUUGCGUAAUGCUAAGGAGAUUGCUCAAGAUAUGACCUCGACUCGUAAUAUUGUUGAUAACGAUGAUGAGGACGAUGAGCUCUAAAUAAGAAGUUUGUUGCAAUGGUCGUAGAUGGAGGGAAGGAAGACACGGAUUUGUAGUUAGUGUUUUGUCCAUUUUGGAGGAAUGUCUCUUCUAUUUAUGUUAUUAUAGUAAGAAAUGUUUAUAUGUGUGAAAAAUGUUAUCCUAGAUUACAGUCAGUUUUAUUGCAUGUAAAAUUUACUUGUAUAAGCUUCACUUGUCUUUGACUCUUUUAAGUUAAAAAGAGCCACCUACAACGGCUAGCAAUGGUGGCGAAGAGGGCAGAUACGGGGUUGUUGCCACCGAUUGCAGUGACUACGUUUGCAAGGUCUAAUAUGUAUGUUAAUUUUUAAGAAAGUUGACAGUAGAGCUAAGAUGUAUGUUAAUUUUUAAGGAAGUUGACAGUAGAGCUUGUGACGGCAAUAGUGCAAUACAUAUGUACCCAAGCUCAGUUUUG